AUGCAGACGUGUCCCCACCUUCUAUCGUCAAUCCGACACCUCGACUUGGAAGUCCAGGAUCCCUCCCUGCUCUCCGAGCACCUCUCGUGGCUUCAAAAAAUCCCCCCUGGUGGGCUCAAGAGCCUCUGGCUUCGUUGGGAAUACGGAGGUUGGCCUCCAACCAAGUCCGAGUCCAUGCAAUGCGCUGUCAUUCGAGCGCCCGGAGUUCGUGGUGUGCGAAGUCUGUCCCUCGCGGGACGCUUCUACCCAGAAUUGCUCCGGGAGGUCGCAGAGUUCCCUCUCCUCGAAAAUGUCACCACCCGUAUCACUCGAUGCGCUCAAUUCAGUGCCCCUGUCCUGCGCAGGUUCCCUAGACUCAAGUGGGCAUGCGUCCGUGCCGACGUCUACGCACAGACCCAUGUGCAGCUGCUCUUCCCCGUUGCUUCCUCGCCUCAACUCCAAACACUGAUAAUCGUAUUCAACGUCGAGGAUUGUGUACAUCUUCUACCUUCCGCGCUUCGAUCGGUGGCACCAAGCCUGAGGCAUCUACGUUUGAUCAUCAUCGACGACGCAUUGGACCGUGUGGGCAAGCACUCGUUCAUGGACGAAGUCAUCCAAUGUCUGCCGUCCCUCAAGCGCCUGGCUAUAACCCCGGGCACCUAUUCUUCCGCCCUUUUCGAACGCCUGCCGCGGAGCUUGAAGUAUCUGGAACUGCUCCCUGGGUCAGGUGGUUUUCCGUACCGCGACGCCCUAGUGGCAUACAUCACACGAGCGGCAAAGUCGAAGCUUCCCUUGAAGAUGGUUGCUGUUCCCGCAAGCUUGAAGAGAGCGACCGUCGACGCGGUGAUUUCGGAGGCUUGCGAGGCUUGCGGGGUCGCUUUGCGGGUCGCUCGCAUUCGGUGGUGA